UUUUUUUUCUUUUCAGAUAUCCAAUUAAGCUUGCUUGCCACAUAUCACUGAUUAACCUUUCCAUUCUUUUUAUUUUCCACGGUAGGACAAGCAAAAAAAAAAUUCGGUUGUAUGAUCAGACCUUCUAACGUGAUCGAUCCUGCCAUUAUUUUUUUAUCUUGUGUCUUAAUGCAGGACCUGGUAUGACUUAUUCCACAACACAGCACCAACAGUUAGAGCCGUGUCUUGCUCGCCUCGGGACCAUGCCAGAAGACAAGCCGUCAUUUGUCAAACAAGUCAACGCUGUAGACGACAUUGAAACGUUAAGGCGCUUACUCAUAGAGAAGGAACGAGAACGAGCGAGUAUAGCAAACGAUUUAGAUGUGGCAGCACGAUUAGGCCUUGUAAUUUCAGAAACCAAUGAAGCCAUCAAAAUAAAGUUGGCUCAAUUAGAACAAGAAAAUGAUUUAUUACGGCAAGAGUUCACAAAAACACACGCUUCCUCCAACCACCAUAACCAUCAUAACGAUUUAACACACGCACGCGAUUCAACGACUUCUCCACCCCCUGACGACAACUAUACAUAUCACCACCAUGACAACCAUCACCACCUUCACCAUCACGACCAUCAUAACGACCAGCACUACCAGCCCCAUCAUGACUUUACGGACGCCGCUGACGAACGGAUAUAUUUAACUCAGGAACUAGACCAGGCGCGUCGAGAAUUGACAAAGUUUCGACGAGAAAUGGAUGGACUAUCGGCUCAGCUUAAUGAUAUGGCCUCAGAAAUGGUUGAUUCACGUGCAAGGGUGAGCAUGUAUGCCAAACGCAUAGCUGAAGUUGAACAUAAACUCGCCACUACUCGUGAAAUGAAUGCCAACUUGCAAGCACUGCUAGAACGGGCCUUGGCUUCACAAAAGCAAUCAAGUUCAAAUACCUCCCAUCUCGUACGAAAUAUCCAAGCGGAUUUAACACGGGUUGUCAAAGAAAAUGACCAGUUACGUGCAAGGAUAGCCGAUCUCGAAACACAACAAGUUGAAUCAGAAGAACAGUUAGCGGUCAUGGUCGCCCAAGCCAAGAAAUACGCCGCAUUACUGGAGCAAGCGCAAGAUACCAUUCAUGGCUUGAGCGAGCCACGACUGUCUGACGAUGAUACCCUCAGCAACGGCGGAGCCGAAGGAUCUGUGUCAUCUUACUGGGAUGGUGGCAAAGAGACAGAGAUCACCAAAGGCACUGUCUUUUCGGUGGAGUUCCGUCAGGAGAUGCAGAAAGAAAUUGAGCGUAACCUCAACCUACGCAACGAGAUUCGACACCGGAUCAUCACCCAUGAAUCCAUCAGCUCCGAUAAGAAAAAGACGCAGGAAGGACUGAAAUAUCUGUUAUCCGAACGAUCAGCUGAUGGUUUAAUGAGCGUCAGUACAAGUAGUUCGACUACCUCCUCUUCUAAUACCACCACCACCACAAAGCAAAGUCAUCACCUACAGCCACCAUCAUUAUCAUUCUCGUCGUAUCAAAUACAGCACGACGAUCAAAGCACCCAUCAUCAUCAAACCCAUCAUCAUCAAGAAUCUUCCACAACAGCAACCUCUUCUUCUUCAUCAUCUUCAUCAUCGUCAACAGCAACAGCAACAGCAACGACCGCUCCUUUACCACAGACAACGCUUCGACCGGCGAGCUUCCUGACUGGAUUUGGUGGAUUCGGAUCUGACAAUAGUUUAGGGCCGACUAGUUUUAUCACCCGUGGUACGAGGUUUGCUGCCUCAAGAGGCACGACCGAUAUGCCCAGUAUCUCGACGCGAUUCUUCCAGCGCUUAGCAACACGAUUUGAUGAGCAGUAUAAAGGCGAGAAUCGGCGAUAGAUAGAAAAAUACCCUCCCUCCCUACCAUCAUCAUAACACGCUCUCAUUCUUCUUCCCCACCCCCACCCUUUAACUUUUUAAAUAAUGACCAGUAUUUUACAUACAACUCUUCGUUUUCCUUCAUUUGUUCUUUUAAUGCAGCAAAAGACAG